UGUCUGCGCUGACGUAUUAGUCUGGUCUGAAAGGAUUUACUAUAGCAUUACCUUCGGCUUCUGGAAUUAACUUAUUUCAUCGUCAGAGUUGUAUUGCGGUAGGGCAAAUAGUACUUGUUUUAUAACUUAAUUUAUACUUUUUUAAUACAAUUUUUUAUAGUUAAAAGUAAUUACUUCCCUUGUCUACUACAGUAUCUGCUUUUAAAGUUGUAGUCACAAACCUCUAGCUACAGUAUGGAUCGUCUGAAGUUAGUCCUGCAUUAUUUCCAGUCCAACUCAGAGUCCAUCUCCAAUGGUAUCUGUAUCAUACUAGCCCUGGUCAGUGUUAAGCUGUACACCAGCUUUGACUUCAACUGCCCCUGUAUACCUCAAUACAACAAACUCUACUCGCUGGGAGUGAUGUUUGUCCCGCCAAUCAUAUUCUUCUUCCUGGGGAUCCUGGUGAACCGACACACAGGGGUGAUGAUGGAGGAGUGGCUGAGGCCCAUCGGAAAGAGAGCAAAAAAUCCUGCCGUUGUCAAAUACCUCUUCUCUGCCAUGAUCCAGAGGGCUUUACUGGCUCCCAUGGUGUGGAUCCUGGUCACUCUGCUGGAUGGCAAGAUCUUCAUCUGUGCUUUCAGCAUGGGUGUGGACCCCAUAUAUUUCUCUGGUAUGCCCAACAUCACAGGUCUGGAUGUGGUCAAGCUCAUGGCCAAGGUCCCCUGCAAGGAAGACAUGAUCUUUCGAAACAGCACGUUCCGCAAAGCCGUCUCACGCUACGUCCGUUGUUACUCACAAGCAAUUGGCUGGGCCAUCCUCCUCUUCCUCAUUCUCCUGGGUGCGGUGGGGCGUCUCAUCAAGCCGUGCUUCAACCACGCCACCUUCCUGCAGACGCGCUACUGGAGCAACUACCUGGACGUGGAGCAGAAGCUCUUCGACGAGACCUGCGUGCUGCACGCUCGGGACUUUGCCCGCAAGUGCGUGGUGCAGUUCUUCGAGGGGAUGCGCGAGGACACGGUGCUCCGGCUUCCCCUGUCGCCCACCCCGCGCGGUCGGACAGAGAAGUACGAGGAGGAGGAUGAGGAGGAGGAGAGACUGCAUGGGAUUACCAAGCAGGAGCAGGUGGACCAGCUGUUGUGCAAGUGGUACCUGUGUAAGCCUGAACUGGAUGUCACCAAGAUGGCCUUCAGGCCCAGAGUGUGCAUCACCUGGGAGGACCACAACGGACGGACCCUCUACUCAGAUGUUUAGGCUUAGACUCUGUGUGUGUUUGUGUGUGUGUGUGUGUGUGUGUGUUUGCUUACAGGGUAAUAGAUGGCACUGACAAUGAUGGUGAAAAACCUGCACUACAGUCAAAUCUGAAUGUGCCGGGAUUUAGCUUGGUUGGUUUUGCAUGGUUCUCUUUUCCCAGUGCUCAACCACAUGCAUAUGAGAUGCAAACUCAGAUAUGUUUUUCUUUAUGUGUGCUCUAUAUUCCUCAAAGAAAAUCCUUUGCAUUUCUGCUGGGAAUUUCAGGUUUUGAAAUACAAUGUGAUAGUGGAAGACAAAUAUGUAAUAUAUCAAUGACAGAUAAAUAUGUGAUUCAAAGGUACUUGAAUAAUGUUUUUCAGCCUGGUUAUUGUGUCUGAGAUGUACAUACGCAGAGCAGUAAAUUUGCUGAAAGCAUCUUGCCUUUUGAUCUACAAAGCAAAUCAUAUUGCAAGUUUCUAUGUAGAUUAAAAUGUAUUUUCAAUGUUAUAUUGGUG